AUUAUUGCAGGAGAAAUGUGUAGCGAUUGUUCAUUGCCAGAAAUACCGUUACUAGGAUUUCAAGGUUUGCUUCAAUAAUUUGAGACCUGUAAACUCUGGAUUAUUACGUCUGCUUGAGAGACACGUUCCAUUACUAGACUCAACUCCACAGGGAAUGUAUGCUUAGCUGUAAAUGCAGUCUGCACGCUUUCUAAGAAACAUGUGCACAUUCAUUAAGACAAAUACAUGGAUAAACGCAAAAUGAGACAGAGAAAAUUAGCUACCAUAGGUCUGACGAUUCUGGUUGUCACGGCAACAGUUUUUUAUUUCACACCAGGAGAAAUACCAGCCAGCAUGCUCAUCAAGAAUGUCAACAAGUGGCAAGUAAAAGAAACGCGUAACACUGAAGUAAAACUGAAACGAGGUGGGAUCCCAUGGCAACAUAAUGGUGCUUCCGGUCAGAAUCAUUCAUCGCAAACGUUGACAGAAACGUCCAUGGAAAAAUAUCCACCUUUUUCAAGAGGAAUGGAUACUGAAACAAUUGGUUCUCUUCCAACAAGCCAGAUAAAAGGAGGCCUCAAACCAACCCCGGGGAAGCCAAAGCUGCUGCUGAUUGUAGCCUACCUUCGCAGUGGUUCUACCUUCACAUCGAGCCUGUUUACCCAGCAACCAGACUCAUUCUAUGUUUUCGAGCCUCUGCAUAUGGUUGUCGAAACAGUCAAAAAGCACAUGGCUCUGCGAUAUGUCAAUGGAACGGUCAGGCGUUUCCCUAAGGGUAUUACAGACGACCCCCAGUCUCUGUUCCGAGAGUGUAUGGCCCCUUGGCUUCGUUGUGCGUUUCAUGAAGUCGACAUCGCUAGUCUUUUGGACAAAUUCCAUUUAUACUACUCAAAAUCCAUGGAACCUUUUUUAUUGUGCGUUAAACAUAUCAAAUUCUUAAACCCUCUUACGAGAUAUUCAAUCAACCAUUGCAUUGGCGAAACGGAAAUGAAGUGCAAUUCAGCUAAUUUGAGGGUUAUUAAAACGAUACGUCUUUCCAUGGAGAUGGCCAGUCAUUGAUGACAAAACAUGAGAAUAUGAAAAUCGUGCACCUUGUUCGGGACCCCAGAGCAAUGUUUUUGUCGCAGAAUAAUAACAAACUUAUUAAAGGCAAUAACAAAACCAGUCAAUUUGAAAGAUUGUGCUCACGCAUGCGCGAUGACAUUUAUUUCACACGACAACUUUUAGAGGCCGGAAACAAAAAUGUGAAACUUGUUCGUUACGAGGACAUUGCUUUCAAUCCAAUAGAAAUGACAAAAGAAUUGU